GUAGAACAGCAGUUUCACAACGAAGGAAAAAUGUUAAAAAAUAUUAUUAAUUCGUUUAUAAAAAUACCUAGCACUAGAUUAUUUGUGACAGCACCAACAGCAUCAAUAGUAACACAGUCGAGUAGUUUAAGUAAUGCAUUAGAAAGGUAUAAAUCGCCAUUAGUAACAGAACCGAGAGAAGUAUGGUUGGAAAAUUUGGAAACAGAAGAAACACAGCGUUUAGGAUUGAUGGCAUUACAUCCAGAAGUAUUUGCUGAUACCCCGAGAAUAGAUAUUGUCCAGAGAAAUGUUCAUUGGCAACGACUGUAUAAAUUUGUGAGUUUUGCUCACACAAAAACUAGAGCUGAAAAAAGAGGAGGAGGACGAAAGCCAUGGCCACAAAAGGGUACAGGAAGAGCACGUCAUGGAUCUAUUAGAUCUCCAAUAUUUAAGAAUGGAGGAAGAUGUCAUGGCCCAAGAUCACCGACUGUCCAUUUUUAUAUGCUUCCAUUUUGGACUAGACUUCGUGGAUUAACAUCAACACUUUCGAUCAAAUUAGCACAAGACGAUCUUCAUUUUGUGAAUGAUUUAGAGAUCCCAACUGACGACAGUCAGUUCAUUAAGAAUUUGGUCGAGAAGAGGAAUUGGGGACCUUCUGUAUUGAUUGUUGACGAUAACGACAUUAUGCCACAAAACAUUUCGAUUGCAACAGAUAGCAUUAAUUAUGUCAACUUAAUGCCUGUUUAUGGACUAAAUGUCUACUCAAUGCUCAAACAUGAUACAGUCGUUUUUACAAAGGCAGCAGCUGAAAGAAUCCAAGAAAAAAUCUUAUUCCAUUUAAACAGAAUCGAUGCAAACCGUUUAGAAAAGAAGUUUAAGCUAAAUCAAUAAAGUUAAUUAAACUAUGUUUGUACAAUAUAGAGAGAAUAAACAGAUCAUUUGGUUUAGUAACAAAAUGAUGG